AUAAACAAUAUGGAGGCUAAUCGAAACAAACCAACAGAGUGAACUGCUCAUUUUCCUACCGAUCUUACUUCGGUAUUCUGAGCGAUUGUUCCACAAACAAUUUGAGAAAUUUUCGUAGUCUAAGUUUGUUCAUGUCCCAGUUUUUAGAACAUCGCGAAGAAACCGAGUAGUUCAAAACCGUAUCAAAGUUUGUAGACGGAAGAUUUCGACUGCGUGCAUUCUAAAUUAACAGUAAUAAAAUCAUGGACAAUAACAAGACUCAAACGUUAUCACGAAACCCAACAAGGAAACUUUUCCAGUCAACAUUUCCACCAAUGAUAGUGGACUAUAUGUCAAGUGCUGAUUUGUCCAAACAUCUGGAUAGACAAAUGUCAAUUCAUGCUGAAAAAUAUAAGGAACCAAAACAAGAUGAAGAGUUUGAUGAGGUGAAAGAAAAGAAGAAGAUUAAAAGAAAAGCCAGUAAGCUCAAGAAACUGCCAUCUCAACAUGGAAUGAUUCUUCAGGGAUCUGAUAAAAGACUUCAACAGAGCAUGACAGUAGUGCAAGAUGAGGAGGAAGAAGAACUGGACGAGGAGGAACAGGAACAUAUCAGGAAGAUGAAAGAAAAGGCGCAUGAUGAGUUGGUACAAGGUCUUCUGUUAUUACGUGACUAUUACAAAGCAGAAUAUAAAAAAGCCUUACAGGAUAAAGUGGAUCAGCAACGAAGAAGCCAGCAAUUAAGGAAACUUAAAUGUGAAGAAGAAAUGAAAGCUGCAGAACAUCAACAGGAAGUAAUGCAGCAUAAAGUUGUUCGCAAGCUUCCAAGGUCCAUUGUCAUCAAUGAUGUCCAAUUCAAUAAAGGUUUGCAAACAGACUUUUACAAAAUGAUUAGUCUUGAAAACCAAAUGAAAAAGGAAGGAUUUCUAAACAAAAGCCAUGAGAUCAAAGAAUUCUGGGAAUUUAUCACUGUGCCAGAAAAUUUGGAAGAUGUUCUUGAAGAUGGUCAGCUUUCAUGGGAAAGAAUAAGAAACUUCAACAAAGAACACAACAAGAAAGCAUUGCUGACUCAAGAUGAAGAAAUUACAUCAUCUCAACAGGCAAAACAGACCAGCACGAAAAAAUUUAAAGGUGGUACUGCUGUCUCAACGUGGAGGAGUACCACACAUGGGAUUCGCACAAUACUUACUCCCUCCACUCCUUGCUCAGGUGUUGCUAGUGGAAGCAGGAAGUCAAGUGCUCAUGUUUCUAAUGGAAAACAGAAGGCAAAGAAGACGCCAACCCCAACAAUGAUACCAAUUGAACAAAAAUUCCCCAAGGUGGAAUUCCCUCCAUUAGCAGCCUACAGAUUGGAGUUUGGUGAACCAGACCCAGACCCUGAAGAGGUACGAAAGCAAGAAGAAGUUAAUAAAAGGUUACAGGCAAGAAAUAGUCUGAAAAGAACCUUAAACACGAUGUUUUCACAUGCCUUGGCUAACAGAGCCGCUACGCUGAGACUGAUGGAUAAGAAUGAAGACUAUAAUUUUGAAAACCUUUCUGGAGCUUCAAAUAUGGAUGAGUUUCACGACUUGGCUAGUGUUCAGUUUAAACCGAGAACAAGCGCCAUAAAGAAACAGUCGGCAAGGACAUCCAGUGGCAAAGGGGAGAAGUGUAAAACUGAUAGUACUAAGAGUGCCAGAAGGAAAGCUAAGAUUCCAGAAAGUGAUAAUCCAGAUGGAAGUGAAUCCAGAGCCGGUUCUCUCUCUCCUAAAGAAGAUUUUCAUAGCUUGGUGGUGGAGCUACCACCGCUCACCCUAAAUCAGCUUUCCACUCGCUGCACCGUCAGGGAGGCCAAAUGUCUGAGUUCGUUUUGGGUCAACCCAAUGACCGAAAAAAAAGAAGUUGAACAGCGGUGAAAAUCGAAAUUCCACAGAGUUUGUGUCCUAACUUGUCUCGGAGAGUAGAGUAUUGACAACCUCAAAAUGAAAGGGCAGAAAUUGUGACAUUGUGGGUUUACAAAUGAACAAACUCUGUCACCAACUAACUGGUGUACGUGGAACAUUCAAAUGCCGGAGAAGACACUGAAGGCGAUUUUGCCGAGUGGCAAAGAUCCAGUUGGCUCCAGUGUCACUCGUUCUAUAAUCUUUACGUCAUACGCGGUUAUUUUAACAUGGGAUCUGACUGUAUAAAUAAGUAUCAAAGGAGAACAAAUUAAAGAUAUUUUAUUUCA